ACACACCAAAACGGGGACGGAGGAAAAAGCCAACAGACAAGCAGCAGCGGUCAGUCUACUUACCUGGUAGAUGCUGGGGAUGGCGGCGAUAGAAGACGAGGAGGUCGAGAAAAAAAGGAAAAGACGGAGUUCCGUUUUGGGUCAGCCAGGCGAAAGCGGUCUGGCCGGGCAGUUUAUAUAUAUAUAAAAAUAUAUAAAUAUAAAUGUAUAUAUAUCAAGGGGUUCGAGAAGAAGAAGAAGAAAAGAAGAAAAGAAGAAUAUAUACUUGACAAGGACAGAAGAAAGAAAGGUCAGAGAAAAGGCGAGAAGGGUGCUGCAGACAUACGGCUUCUCUCCCAGAAAGAGCCAUCACCGCGAGCACAGGCAUUGGAGACCGAAGAGAGCGAGGAGGAGACGCCAGCUGUCCGUCCUCUCUUCUCCACCGGUCAAGCCACUGAAAACCGGGAAGAGGCACUCGUUUUUUUAUUUCGUGUUUCUUUUCUUCUUUCUCCUCUCGCCAUCAUAUCUCCAAUCCCUGCCCGCGCCUAUCUUAUAGAUAUAUCUGUAUGCUCAAGGGCAAGGCGAGCAAGUGGCAAACACGGCUUGCAUUAUCUUCCCCUAGAGGCCACGGACAGAAACGGAGGGGGCGGGAGGGAGACGGGGAGGGUAAGAGGUGGAACGAGCUGUCAUGGCUUGACCCCUGCGCGAGAGACGGGGAGGCAGAAGAAGGGCUUAGGAGGCCGGGUUUCCUUCUCUUCCUCUCCUCUGAUUGACACCUGUUUGUCCAACCGAGAAGAGAGAGGCAAAACGGCCUUCUGUUUUUAUCCUAGCGGACAGUGGUUGGCAGGAGGGAAGGGGGGGAAAAAGCCAUAA